AUGGAAGCAUUUAUUCAUUCUCUGGAUGUCAGAAUGUGGGAAGUUGUAUCUAACAAGUAUGAUAUACCAUCUAUUGUACCUACUGAUGCAGAUGAAAGGACAAAAUAUGAACUGGAUAAGAGAGCUCGCUUUGCAAUUCUUUGUGGGUUAUCAAAAGAAGUAUUUGUUAAAGUAAUGUACUUCAAAUCAGCCAAUGAGGUAUGGACAAAUCUUGAAUCCAUUUAUCAAGUGGCAAGUUAUUUUCUUCGUAUUGAUGAAGUUGUAAAUGCCCGAAAGGGUCUUGGUGAAGAAAUUGAUGAACAUGAUGUGGUUGCAAAAGUAAUUAGAACAUUAUUACCAAAAUUUGAAACUAAAAUAUCUGCUCUUGAAGAGAAGAAAAUUUUCUCUAAAAUGACUGUGCAUCAGCUUCAAAGUACUCUUACUGCUUAUGAAAUGAGAAUUGGUAAUACCCCUUCUACCUCUAAGGAAACAACUUUUAAAAUUGAGAAACAGGAAGAGAGUGAGUCUGAAUUAUCUGAUGUUUUUGAAACUUUACUGGUUAGGAAACUUAGGAAGAAGUUUCAAGGAAAGUUUAAAUGUUUUGGCUGUGGUAAAACCGGUCACUUUGCAGCAAAAUGUCCGUAUUUAGAUCUAAGUAAAGAUGAAGAUAAAUCUGAAAAAUCGUUUAAAAAACCUUGGAAUCCUAAUAAAAGGUUGAACAAUUUUAAAAAGAAGAGUCUUGUGUCAAAAGAAGAGACUGAAGACGAAUCUGAUGAGUCAAAUGUUGAUGGUUGUGAAACACUAUUCAUGACGAAAGUUGAAUUUGAAAAACCAGUUGCAAUAAAAUCUGAAUCAGAUUCUGAAGUUGAAAUAGAAGAUGUAAAUCUUGAAGAAGAACUUCUUUGUGCUCUUCAAGAAGUAAAAAGAUUUAAGAAACUUGUAAUUUCUUAUGAAGAUUCCAAUCAGAUCUUACAACUUGAUAUAGUAAAUGCAAACAAGGUUAUUGAAACUCAGAGAAGUCUUAUUGAAAGAAAAGAACAAGAAAUUAGUACUCUACAAAAACAAGUAUACACUCUUGAAAAACAACAACAUUCUACUGAAAAAGGAGAAACUUCACAUCAUAAUUCUGUAAUAGCAAACAAAAAUUAG